GGACAAAAAAAAAUAGAACUUAUUUGAGUUAUUUAAUAAAAAUUUCACUUGCUUAAGGGUGCAAUAAAUUUUUGUAAAAAUGUUGUUUUUCUUAAAAAUGUUUGCAAUGAUAUGCUUUCUUUGCAACAUAAGUUUCAUACAAAUAUCUUGUGCUGAAAAGAGUAUAUCAUAUCCAUCAAAAGUUACUAAAUGGGAUGGAUCGAUAUUGCAAUUUGAUACAAAAGAAUUUAAAACUUCACAUUAUUAUAAUCCAGUCGAUGAAGAAUGGAAAAGAGAAAAAUGUAGAAGUUUGGGAUUUACUUUUAAUGAACCUAUUACAGAACAAAAGUUUACUUCCUUCAUGAUUCCAGUGGAUUCUUUUUUUAAUAAUGAUGGCAUGUAUUAUAUUUUAUCCGAAGUAGUGUGUGGAAGUCAAAAAAUUCGUCACCAACUACAAAGAAACAUAAUACAAAAUCUCAUGGAAAAUCAAGAUAUUAAACAAUUAUUCGGUGACGAACUAUUUAAUGAUUAUAUAAAGAAUACUAUAAAAAUAUCAGAUCCAGUUGAACCGGACAGAAGAGAGUCGUGUGAAGCAUGUCCAAUUUGCUAUGAAAAUUCUACAAUUAUUUUAGAAACAUGUAAUCAUGCAAUAUGCCAGGAAUGCACAGAUAAAUUAAAAAUUAAAAAACAAUACAAUUGUCCACUUUGUAGAUCACAAAUAGAAAAAUUUAUAGACAUAAAUGGAGAAGUACAAAGUAAAUGUGGCUGUAUAGAGCUCUUUGCUGCUGCUUAUUAUUUAGAUGUGUGUAUUUAUGUCUAUGAUAAUAUACAAAAAUAUUGGUUGGUAUACCGCAAAGAUUGGCCCAAUUAUGAUAACCUGGACAUGAAAGAUGAAAAAUGUAUUUAUUUAUAUGUAACCGAAAAUCGUUUUGGUAUUGUGCACAAUGUGAUAGAAUAAAUGUACCUAUAAAUAAUAUUCAAUAUUUUUAAACAAUAAAAAAAAAUCGUUAAACUUUUGUUAUAUUUAUAAGUACAAUAAUAUAGUUAUGUCUUUUA